ACUGGCCGUCUUUGGGGCAGCGAGUUUAGGCAAUUUGCGUUGAGUUUUUCAUAGCGCUUGCUAGAUAUCAUGGCUGAAAGUCAAACGUUAGAAAGAGACCCUGAAUGGGAGAUCAAGCUGAGGCCCCUCUUUACAAAAGUUGCUGAGAGCUUGUUUCCUCGUCGCAAUCGGCUUUCUUCUUUUCUGUACAGCGCGGGUCUCCUUAGCGAAAAAGAAGAAGAAGAGUUUGCGCAGUCGGGAAAGGUAGAAUCAGAUCUGGCUAUGGACAUUUUACGUGUUCUUCGUAAACAAGGUUCUGGAUCAUUCAAUACAUUUUGUAAUGUACUCCUACAAGUUGGAGAUGGCGCAUUACGACGUGUAGAGAAGUUUCUUCGUUCAGGCGGGCAAGACAGAAAGCGUACACAUACAGCUGGAGAAGAAAGUUUAAGCAAAGCUUCACGUGGACAGAGCGAUCCAAAACAAGAUUCAGGGUGUUCGUCACAUGACGGCUUGUCUCAAGAAAUACCAACUGAAAAGUCUAUUCAGUUCUGGGUAAAAGACGAAUUAUUUGAAGAAUUUGAAAGACUUAAGCUAAAGGAACAACUAGCACAUGCACUUUCUGAAAGUCUUAGUGUACCAGAGAAUAAGAUUACAAGUUAUCGUGCACGGACACAGCUUCCUUACAACAAGAACAGCAAAAGGAUUCUUGUUGCCAACAAGGCCUUAAUUACAAUCAUCGUGUGUGGAGUUGAAGCAACGGAGAUUGAACAACAUGUCGACAUGAUUAUUAAUCUUCUCUGUGGAAAUACGGAUGUCAAGAAAUCAGAAGUAGAAAUUAUACAAGUUUGGCCAUCUAACAGUUGUUUACUAGUCAUUCGAUUACCAGGAUUGGCUAUGGUGCGUCUCAUGAUUGCUUUCUUACACCCGCAAAGCAGGCCAACGUUUCUUCAUCAACUUAUGAGCAUCUUGCCUAAGUCAACGUUUGAAGUUAAAUUUGGGUUUGCUUCACUUCCAUAUUUUUCAGCUUCACUUCCAUAUUUUUCAUCUGAAUCAUCAGUUUUGAGUGGAUUACCGCUAUUGCCUGCAAGACAAUCAUUCUAUGAAUUACAGUCAUUCCAUGAACUAUCGUCAUUGCCUGGAUCGAGGUAUCAUAGAUUGCCUUCAUCUACAACUAAAGAUCUUGGAAUGAAGACUCAUCAGUUUGUUGACUUUCAGCAAGCAGGGACGGCAAUGGAAAUGUUGGUGAUGAACCAGAGAACUUUGUCAUCAUUGUCAACGAUUGCUUCAAAAUCCAAGUGUAUUGAGAAACAGGUGGAUCGCACUUUUAGAAUUGUUGAUGAUUUAAGUGAUAAUCCAGACAAGCUUGAGAAUCAUUUGCAAGAUGUAACGUUUCGUAAAGAAUUCUUGGUUGAGAGCAACAAACGGAACAAGCUAACAUUGGAUGCACUCAUGAAUAACAGAAUUAUUCUUGCAUUGCAGGAUGAUUGUUCGAUUGCUGGUUGCUUUACUAGAAUGAAAGCGAGAGAGACAACUGUCACAAAAGAAGUAUAUGACAAGCUUGAUGUGAUUAGUGGUUGUCGGGAGGACAUAGAGUUGAAGUUAUCACAGAGACCACAAAUGGAACAGGUAGGUGCAUCCAUUUCCAAAUUGAUAGAAGCAUUGGAAACAAGAGUAGCUAAUGUGAAGCUUUUGAGGAAAAUGGCUAUAGAUCCAAAGCUUAGAAGGAGGCAAACAAUUGGUAGUUUGACAAACCCACUUUUACAGGUGUACGGUAACAGCUGA